CACUAGAUAGAACAGCCACAAAGUGGCUAUAUCGUAAAAAUUCAUGAAAACCAAAAUUUGCUUUUUCAUCUUAAUCUAAUGGCUAGCGUUAGGCAUAAGGUUAUCAGUGUGGUUAAUGUUAGGGUUAAGGUUAGGUUUAAAAUCAAAUCUUAAUAAGAUACAUUCUAAAAAUGGGCGGGGUUUAUGACUCUGUGACUGUGGUAACUAGUGACGACCCAGCAAAACGCGAUAUUUUUUACCCCGCAUUAUGUUAUUUUGGGGAUCUUUAUUAUCCACCUUCACAGUAGGUGGCGAACGCCAUUAUACCAAAGAAGAAGACGAAGACGAAGACGAAGAAGAAGAAGAACGAGAUAUCUUUGGUACCUGAUUGGUCACUACACUGACAAUACUUCCUGAAACAUACAUGUUGUUGCAACAGCAAGUAUACGUUUCAGUAGUUUAGGGAUCAAAUCAACUAAAGAAAUCACAAUGGAUGAUCGUGAGCUUGAUCUUACCGAGUCACAGAAAGAUACCAAGUCAAAAUACCCGGCGAUCAACAAGAAGUAUGAAUAUUUGGACCACACUGCUGAUGUACAGCUCCACUCUUGGGGAGACUCGCUGGAGGAGGCCUUUGAGCAGUGUGCCAUGGCGAUGUUUGGGUAUAUGACAGAUACAGAGACAGUGGAGCCCAUUGACACAGUAGAAGUGGAGUCAGAAGGUGAUGACAUGGAAUCUCUUCUUUUUCACUUCCUAGAUGACUGGUUAUUCAAAUUCAGUGCAGAUCUUUUCUUUAUUCCCAGAGAGGUUAAAGUUUUGCACAUUGACAGGAUGCACUUCAAAAUCCGCUCCAUUGGGUGGGGAGAAGAGUUCAACUUGGUCAAGCAUCCACAGGGGACAGAAGUGAAGGCCAUCACUUACUCAGCCAUGCAGAUCCAUGACAUCGACAAGCCCGAGAUCUUUGCCAUCAUUGACAUCUGAGGAUAUUACUACAGAGAAACUGUCCCAGAAGGGAACAGGACAAUAGAAACAAACCUCUAUGUGCCUGUGUGAAUGGACAUUUGAUUAAGGGCAACAGCAUAGGCUUUGAAAAUGGAUGUGUGAAGUGUAAUAUUUCCCUGAAUUUGAAUUGUUUACAGACAGAUAUCCAGAGAGAAGCAAACAUGAGCAGCAGCAGAGUAACUGCUCAAGAUACACUACAUGACCAAAAGUAUGUGGACACCUGCUCGUCGAACAUCUCAUUCCAAGAUAAUGGGCAUUCAUAUGGAGUUGGUCCCCCCCCCUUUGCUGCUAUAACAGCCUCUACUCUUCUGGAAAGGCGGCAGAUAGCCAACAGUUAAGAGCGUUGGAAGAUGGGACUAAUAUCAAAUAACAACAAAUAAUAACAAAGAUAGCUAAUAAUGUAA